AUGAGCUAUCAUGUCGAUCAUGCAUCUCAAUAUAUUGAACAUGAAACGUGCGAACACAACUCCGAUUACGCGCCGACCCCUGGGUAUUGUGUCAGCCCCUACGCCACGCUGUCUGCCUCGAGCCCAUCCCCGUCCUGUGUACUUGAGAAUAGCGUCGACCCCAAGAGUAAACGUGGCCCACGUCCUCUCCGAUUCCUUUCAUUGCACCAGUGGGAAGAGGGCAGGGCAUAUGAUGAGGACACGCCAACUUUUAUCCAUUACCGUAUAGAGUGGCGAGUGACAAUCAACAAUCGGGAGGUCUCACAGGACACGGAAGAAGACCUUACCUUAGCCCCUAGCUCCUUCUGGCAAUUAUCUCUGGAGAAAAAGCUCGAGAAAGUUCUUCGACGGAAGACUGCCCGCCACCGUCGGGUGACAGCUGAUGAUACUGUCAUCACCGUAUUGACAAGCGAUCGUACCAAACGAAAACUGACGAAACGAUUUGAUGAUACCGACAUUAUUUGGACCGCGAUCGAGAAACAGCUUAUGAUGUGGUCAGAUGUUUUGUGCCGGGGUAAGGAGCUCACGCUGAAGAUCAGUUUCAACUACGUAGACGAUCAUCACUCUUCUCCACCCGCUGGUCGGAAAGGAGAGAAAAGAGCAAAGUCAUCUGUUACACAAAGGAUGCUAAGCGAACGAGAUGCACAACUUGAUGCAGAGGAAAAUGCUUCUGGUGAAAAGCCAAUCUGGCGUAGCGUCUAUAAUUUGAUGCGAUGCGACUCGUCGACAUGUCAGCAUGGCCCUCAUUGCUGGGUAGACCCAAUAGGGAAAAAACACUAUCCAAUCAGAUCUCAUCAUAUAAAACGUCUUAUCACCCACGUUGAGAAGGGAGGGGUUUUGGAGGGUCAUACGGACGUGCCCGAAGCCGUACGCGACGAAUUAUACAGGGAAGAGCAAGAGAGACUCGCCAAAGGCAAGCGCAAAGGAGGUCAUGUCGAUGGAACUGGAGUGCCAUAUCCUCCCAUCAAUAUUAAUGUCCUGCCCUCACAGUCUACCGUUCAUGGGCUAGAUGGUUCUACUUCUAAAGCGGCGGUUGACUUGACGCCUCUGAGCCCCCUCGAGAUCCCGGGUUCCACGGACAGAGCCGUGGAGGAGUAUACUGAAUGGUUGGUGUCGACCGUCGAUAGGGAUACCCUCAAAGCUUCAUUCCGACAAACUUGCGAGGUGAUGCUCGAGAACGGCCUUGACCUCGAGCAAGUGUACAAGGACCAAGACCCAAAUUUUUUCAUCGAGAGAGGAAUAAAAAUAGGCAUUGCACGUCGAUUUGUAGAGAAUAUCGCAAAGUGGGUCAAGAAAGUGAAGAUAGAGGUGCCUAUUCAUGAGAUUCUUUAA